UAUUCUUCUUACUGUCCUUGUCACUUCUUAGCUUUCCACUUCACACUCCACAGUAGCCAAAGGAGUUAUUUUUUUUUUUGCUCGGUUUCCUUUUUUCAUGUGUUUUUGGGGGUGAAAUUCAAGAUUUCUUGAUUAUUCUUCUUUGAUCAAGAAAUGGGUACACAAGAAAAAGAUCAAACUUUUGUUGCUGAAGCUGCAAAAGAAGAAAGAAGUAGUAAUACCCACCAAAAUAUUCGUCAGAUUCUUCUUAUUUCAGCUGGUGCUAGUCAUUCUGUUGCUCUUCUCUCUGGAAAUGUGGUUUGUUCUUGGGGAAAAGGGGAGGAUGGACAAUUAGGUCAUGGAGAUGCUGAAGAUCGAUUUUCACCUGUGCAAUUGAGCGCAUUAGACGGACAUGAGGUUAACUCCAUUACUUGUGGAGCUGACCAUACCCUUGCAUAUUCUGAGCCACGAUUGCAAGUCUACAGUUGGGGAUGGGGUGAUUUUGGGAGGCUAGGUCAUGGAAACUCUAGUGAUCUAUUUAUUCCUCAUCCAAUCAAGGCACUAGGUGGUAACAAGAUUAAGCAGAUUGCAUGUGGUGAUAGUCACUGUUUAGCUAUCACUAUGGAUGGGGAGGUAGCAAGUUGGGGAAGGAACCAAAAUGGCCAGCUUGGUAUUGGCACAACAGAGGAUUGUCAAGUCCCACAAAAGAUUCAAGUUUUCCAGGGAAUACCUGUGAAAAUGGUGGCUGCUGGUGCUGAGCAUAGUGCUGCUGUCACAGAAGCUGGUGAGGUGUAUGGCUGGGGAUGGGGCCGGUAUGGAAAUCUAGGCUUAGGUGACAGAAAUGAUCGCUUAGUUCCUGAAAAAGUGUCAUCAAUUGAUUUUGGACAGGUUGGUGUAGGUGACUAUACUGACCGCUGCUCUCCUGUGCAAGUUUCUUUUCCCAAUGAUCAGAAAGUACUGCAAAUUUGUUGUGGAUGGAGACACACGUUGGCUGUUACAGAGAGGAACAACGUGUUCUCUUGGGGAAGAGGUACAAAUGGACAGCUUGGGCAUGGAGACUCUGUUGACAGGAACUCUCCGAAGCUCAUGGAUGCUUUGAGCAUGGAGGGGUCUGGUGGUCAAAGAAUAGAGUCCUCUAAAGCUGAUCCAUCCGCAGGGAAAAUGUUGGUUCUCCCUUCAGGAAAAUAUGCUGUCGUUCCUGAUAAAACUGAGCAAGUUUCAGCAGCUGGCUUCAAUGGUGAAGACGCAAGUGUCCCGGAAAAUGAUGUUAAACGAAUACGUGUUGACUUGAGACAUGCUUAACGUACUCUUGUAUUUUCUCGGAAAAAAAAGGGUUUCUUUUGAGCCUCAUGGAACCGAUCUGCUUGCUUUUUGUAUAUAUACAAUACGACUAGUAUUUCAAGAUAAACUACGUUGGCUAUAUUUGAUCGAUUGAUGAUGAUCAUUGUCUGCGUGCUUCUACUAGGGAGCUUUGGUUGUAUAAUUGAGAUUUUUGGACAUAUAAAUUGCGGUUGGUUCUAUUUGGCAUAAUUUUGCUUGUACGAAAUAGUUGUAAACAUCUAUGACAUGUAUCAUGCUUAACUUAUUCAAGUAGUGGAAGUUUGGGUUCAUAUUUCAUAAGCUUAUUACAAGUAGAGAAGUGCACCAAAUAUAGUCAAAGGACCAAGUUAGAACACUACUUCAAAUCAUCACUUGUGCCACAAUAGCAGUCAUAGCACAAGUAAGAAUUUUCCAUGGCUAUAAUGUCCAGUCACGGAAAUUUAAGUUAGAGAUUACUGUGACACAAGUGAUCGUGGCUAGAUUGUUGCCACGGGAAAAGUAUGGUUGUGUUAUAAACUCUUGUUUUUGUCACGAUAGAUUCCGUAGCUAAUUAUAUUCUUUUGCCACAAGCAUAACCCGUGGCUAAUUAUUUUAUUCUGCCACAUGCAUUUACCUGUGACUAAUCAUAUUCUUCUGUCACAUACAAUGAG